AUGAAGACGGACGCCGCGCCGGCGGCGGCGGCGCCCGACGCCCCGAAGACGCUCUACCAGGGCGUCGAGCGCGAUGGCUUCGGCAUGCGCCUGCUCACGAGACUCGGAUGGCGCGAGGGCCGCGGACUGGGGAAGAACCAGGACGGGAUCGCGAGGCACAUUCACGCGCGAAAGCGACAGGUGGGGACGGGGGUGGGCGCGGACGCGCGAAACGACGCGAGCGGCGCGAACGCGGUGGAUUGGACGAUGAACACGGUCGCGUUCGAUGACGUGCUGCGAUCGUUGAAUAGAACGCACAGCGCGGAAGAGUUGGAACGCGCGGCGAACGCGGAGAAGGCGUCGUCGUCGGAUGAGGACGAGGACGAGGGGGCGAAGACGAAGACGCGAGGCGAGGCGAAGAAGCGAAAGAUGACGAAGGAGGAGAAGAAGGCGGCGAAGAAGGCGGCGAAGAGGGCGAAAAAGAAUGAAAUCGUCGUGAAUCGGUCGGUGGUGAGUCACGCGGGGAGGUAUCAUAAGCGAGAGUCGCAAAAGAUGGUGUCGAAUUAUAGCGCGGAGGAUCUCGGGGCGAUUUUGGGCGGCGGAUUCGUCGCGUUGCCAGAGGUGCGCGCGGACAACGCGUCCGCGUCCGCGAGCGCGUCGGACGCGGACGAGUCCAUCCCGACGCCGACGAAUAAGGAGAAAGAAAAACCCAAGAGACUCGUCGUCGUGGAGCGACCGAAGUGGGUCUUCGAUCCGCCGCCGGAGAGCUGGUGGGGCUGGCGCGUCGGAUUUCGCCCGGAGGGUCACGGUAAAAAACCUGAAGACGCCGACGCCGACGCACUCGAACGCAAGCGAGGCUUCGACGAGGACGAUCAAGUGAACUUGUUUCAAGACACGCACGCGGGUGCGAAUAAGAAUCGACGCGGUUUGGGGGCUGGCCAAGGCCGCGACGCCGCGGCUGAUUUUUCGGGAACGAAGAAGACGUUCGGCGAAGGCGACGAGGUCAGCGACGCCGAGAAAGCCGCCGCGGCGAAAGCAAAGAAGGUGAAGUGGCUCAAAAUCGGCGAGAAGAUCCUCGAAAAGGCGUCGGGAUCGAUGAAGACGAAAAAAUUCAUCGAAAAGGUUUUGAAAAAGGCUGAGUGCGCGGCCGACGACUGCGACGCCGUCUAUCGCGACGCCGCGUUCCACUUCCUCUCUCGCAGCGGCGCGUUCACCAGUCUCGAAGAAGACGUCGUGAAGUUCACCGGCAAGAAGGCGUGA